UUAGUAUGAUUAGUUACGUUCGAAUCUUCCGGAAGCAGUUCUCAUCACCCACUAGUAACCAUGCAACCGGUACCAGCGCUCAGCUGUGUCCAUUGUCCAUGAUUAAGCGGUGGUCAUCAACAGGCAAACUUGUAAAGCUGGACGAUCAUCAUGGAGACACUCGAGGUAUUGGAAUCCAUCACUAGGCUGAGCGACCGGGUAGUGAGAGUGCUGGGCCAGAACCCAGGUAAAUUCACGCUCCAAGGGACCAACACUUAUCUUAUCGGCGAGUGCAACCCCUAUACACUCAUCGACACAGGCGAAGGCAAAGACGCCUACAUUCCCCAGCUCGAAUCCGCCCUCAGCAACGCCUGCAAGCUUACGAACCUAAAUAAACCCCAUGUAUCCGACAUCAUCAUCUCUCACUGGCAUGGCGAUCACACAGGUGGGCUCUCCUCCGUCCUUUCGCUCCUGCGAAGAAUGUGGGAUGAGCGUGGCACCCCUUCCCCAUUCAAGCCACCCCGUAUCCACAAGUUUCCUCUUGUAAACGCGCCGCCGUCUGGCGCCGAUGCAACUAUCGCGCCCCCGCCCCCAGGUACAUACACCACCACCACCACCACCACCACCACCAAUGGUUCUUUCCUGCAUGACCUCGCAGACGGUCAGCUCUUCCAAAUAACUGGCUCCCCGUCGCCGAUGCGAGUCAUCCACGCCCCAGGCCACACCGCCGAUUCCAUCAGCCUCCACAUCCCAGACGACCACGCACUCUACACAGCUGACACCGUACUCGGUCAGGGUACUGCGGUGUUUGAGGAUUUAGGAAUGUAUAUAUCCUCCUUGCGCAAGCUCCUCGCUUUUCAAUCUGGUUAUACUGUGUUGUACCCUGGGCAUGGUCCUGUCGUCGCUGAGGGUCCUAAGCUCAUUGGUACAUACAUCACGCAUCGCAUGGAGAGGGAGGCACAGAUUGUUAGCAUCAUGGAGAAACCUAGUCCUGAUGGACAGCCUUGGUCUACAUGGGGAAUUGUAUCUACGAUAUAUUCUGCGUACCCGCAGAAUUUAUGGGAGCCUGCUGCGCGAAGCGUGGACCAGCAUCUUGGGAAGCUUCAGGCCGAGGGCAAGGUGAAGAGGCUUGAGGGUGAAGGCAAGGAUGUCAAAUGGGAGUUACUAGCGAAGUUAUGAAGGAGAAAGCGAAAAGGCCUUAUUUCUCCACAUUUAUCAAAGCUACGGGAAGAAUAUAUCAUGAAAUAGAUCGUGCAUACAAUGUAUUAUACAGUAACAUAUCCACUGACAUUAUAGCGCAUCAAAAUUGAUAUGAUGCGAUGUCCUCCUCCGUUCCAGCUCAUCCUCCCUCUUC